AUGGUGAAUCUCAUAUAUAUCAGUGAAAAUGAAGGUUUUGUUUUCCAGCUUCCGCGAAACUCAUCAGGAAUCAAUAGAUCGGAAUCGUUUUCAACACUUGCUCACACUUGGUGGUUCACUAUAGUGUCUAUUCUAACAAUUGGAUAUGGCGAUAUCGUGCCAUCGCAUUGGACAUCGAGAGUUAUUGUUUGCUUUUUGGGCUUUCUCGCCUAUUGUACAUUUGUUGCCGCCUCGACGCAAAUAUCAGUAGGAUUGACCUUGAUGAUGGAAGAAGAUAGUAAGAAGGAGUGUCAGAACAAAUUACGAAACACCGCUGCAUCUGUCAUACAGACUUGGUUUCGUUUUCAUAUUGCAAGCGCGGAGAAUAAGAGGAUGACAGAAUACUUUCGGCGUAUCUGUUUCAAACUGUACAUAACUGCUAGACGAAUGAAUCGUAAUCGUCAACUGUUGGCUAAAUUACGCGAAAAAGUUGAAAGGAAGAAGAGAUUGCAACAUAGCGCUGUGUCACUCGAACAGUCAUGGAAACAACAGCUAAGCGUCGGCGUAGCUCAACAUGUCAUGCAAGCCAUAAAUUUUGAUGUUAGUAAGCGUGAAGUUAGCAAGCUCCGUGCAAUCGAAGAAUUAGACAACUCAAACGACAUACGCCUUCCAGAGACGGAAGUACGCAGAGAGAUGGAAGAUGCAGACUUUGGGUUUUCUGCAGCACGAAGGUUCGAACGUCGUGGGUCAGCGGACACGACGACUUCAUCUACUUUCGAAAUCUCUGAUAUCGAAGCGCGAAUAGAAACUAAUGAUAUGUACGAAGAGGAACGAUCUGAUUCUUUGGAUAUUUCUGAUGUGGAGGAGUGGAGGCUAUACAAGUACAAACCGCUUUUACGCUUCUUCAAUUACCUUCUGUUUCGAGAAUUCACAAAAAAAUUUCGUCGGCUACGCAAAGCAGACCGCCUUCUAGAAGUUGAAGCUGAAAUCCGCGAACAAGAAAAUCUUAGACAGCAGAAUCUUAGAGAGCUUGAGCUCAGAGUAAAUGCCAUGCUGGGAAAACCAGGUACUUCUCCCUUCAAUCGCAAUCCAAGCGAAAAGAUCUGCGUUGGCACAAGGAUUGAUCUAUGUGAGACGAAACUGGCUGAGAUGGAGCUUACUCUUGAGAAAAUACAUCUUCUUGUGCGAGAACUUGCCGUAGCAUUGGGAGGCGAAGAAGCGCAGAAGACGCUUCCCCCAGUUCCCCCUGGCCGAAAAACAAAACAUCAUCGUCAUCACUUAUUUCGAAAGCAGCACGUGAGGGGCGAGGAAAGCGAUGUGGAUGAAUAG